CACCAGCCAUGUUGGAGAGGGCAGCAGCAGCAUCUAGCUAGCAUAAUCAAACUGAGUUUGCAUUAGUGGUUAACUCGAGAGAAAAUCAUCAACAAUGACAAUGAGGCCGCUCGUUGUGCUCGGUCUGGUCCUUGUGGUCGCAGCAGGGGUGGCGCUGGACGGCGCCGACGGCGCCGGGGAGUGCGGGAGGGCCUCCGCCGACCGGGUGGCGCUGCGGCUGGCGCCGUGCAUCUCGGCGGCCGACGACCCGCAGUCGACGCCGACGAGCAGCUGCUGCUCGGCCGUGCACGCCAUCGGGCAGAGCCCCAGCUGCCUCUGCGCCGUCAUGCUGUCCGGCACCGCCAGGGCCGCCGGGAUCAAGCCGGAGGUCGCCAUUACCAUCCCGAAGCGCUGCAACAUGGCCGAUCGCCCCGUCGGCUACAAGUGCGGAGACUACACGCUGCCCUGACGACCUCGUGAGAGAGGCCGCCGCGCUGGUGAUUAUGAAAGAGAUGGACGCCAAGGAAGGCUUUGUGUUGGAAUAAUCGAGUCCGCGCGAACCAUGAACGUGGACGAGGGGCUCCAGCCCUAUCACACUGUGACUGUGUGUGCUUCUCGUACUAGUACUGUGUGUUCAACUUCGUCUAAAAUUAAUAAGAAUGGACGUGUUGCUUGUCAAGACCAUUAUUGGCCCAUUAAUAAAAAUGGUGUUGGGUUGAAGAGGCCCAUGAAACCCAAAAAUAUUUCUUGUUUA